GAACCUUCUCUGGUCCAGCAACUUUGUUGGGUUUGAUGUGGCUGAGGGGCCGAUUCAUCUCAUGGGUCCCUGUCACAAGUGCAGAUGAUGGAGAGAAAAAGGAGUCAUUUCUUUGGAGCAUCGGAUCACGGUUAUUAGGUUAUGGUGAGAUCCUCAAACAUGAUCUGAUCCGUCGAGGAUCUCCUGAUGUCUACCAGCUGAGAACAGAGAACAAGAAGAUUGGAUGUGGUGUGACAAAAAUGACUGUUGGUAAAAGAAAUCCAAACAAGUCAAACAGAACCAUCUUACUUGUGGGUGAAACAGGAACAGGAAAAUCUACUCUAAUCAACGCUCUGGUCAACUACACCAUGGGAGUGCAGUGGGAGGAUGAACUCUGGUUUCAGAUUGUAAAGGAGGAGAAAAGAAGUCAGUCAGAAAGUCAGACAUCAGAUGUGAUUGUGUACGAGAUCUUUGAGUUUGAAAAUAAAACUCUGCCCUACUCUCUGACCAUCAUUGAUACUCCUGGAUUUGGAGACACCAGAGGGUCUGAACGAGAUGCCGUUGUUGCUAAUAGAUUACUUCAGUUGUUUGAAUCAGAGGAUGGAGUUCAUGAAGUCCAUGCAGUGGGUUUGGUGAUGAAGGCGAGUGAGAAUCGAAUGAGUGACCGACUGAGGCAGACCUUUGAUUCAGUGAUGUCUUUAUUUGGAAAAAAUGUGGAGAGAAAUAUUGUAGCUCUGAUCACACACUCAAAUGGAGCAAAACCUAAAAAUGCUUGUGAAGCUCUUGAAGCUGCAAACAUUAAAUGUGCCAGAAAUGAGAAGAAUGAGCCUGCUCACUUCCUGUUUAAUAACUCCCAGCAUGAAGACCGAAAAGAGGAAGAAAAAUACUCAAAGUAUGCUCAUGAAGUUUCAGAGAAAGGAAUGAGGGAGUUUACAACAUUUUUGGGAAAAGCUGUUCCUCAGAAACUGCAAAAAACUGUGGAAGUUCUAAUAAAAAAACAAAGACUGGCAGCAUGCAUCAAAAAUCUGCAAGACAGAAUCAAACGGACUGAAGGGAAACAGAGAGAAAUCACCGAGAUUGAACAAGCUCUGAAGAUAUAUGAAGAAAACAUGAAGGCGAAUGAGAAUUUCAAAGUAAAAUAUGACGAGGAGUAUACAGUUAAAGUAAACAUAAAUGGUGGGUCGUGGGGUGUGAUUUUUUAUAAUGCAGCUGUCAGCUGUACAUUCUGUCAGGAGACCUGUCACCAUCCAUGUGAAAAUGCCUGGAAUGCCGAAUGGUGUAGAGUCAUGAGUUCGGGCCGCUGCACUGUUUGUACCAACAAUUGUCCGGCAGCAAAUCAUGUGAAAGCAAACUGGAUCUAUGAGAACAGGCGCAGGACAGUGGAGAAAACCUUUGAAAAUAUAAAAGAGAAAUAUGAAAAGAAUAAAUCACAAAGUGAGAAGAAUUUGAGUAUUUUAGAAAAUCUUGAAGAGGAAAAGAACCGACUGACAGCAGAGAAGUCCCAGUUCCUGGAUAAGUCCUAUCAGCACGUAGUCAGACUGGAGCAGAUCGCUCUGAAAGCUGAUUCAGCUUCCACUGUUGUCCACUUGGACUUCCUGAUUGAGAAAAUGAAGGAGAGAGGAGACACCGAGAAGGUCCAGAAACUGGAGGAGAUAAGAGGGAGAGAGGAUAAAAGAACCAGCACAAUGUAACAUGUAAAACACCUCCAUUAUAAUUCUAUGAUUCUUGAUUCAUUUGGUAUAUUUCAAUAAUAGUUAAUCUAUCAAAAAUGCAUUUAAUAUA